CUCUGUUCUGCUCUCUGCAGGGCGUCUGGUAAGAUGAGCCAGAGCAGUGUGGAGCUGGACCGCUGCAGCCAGCAGGGCUCUGUCGAGAGCCUGACCCACAGUCUCCGUGGCCUGGGGAGCAGCAGCCUGCCUACAGCCUCCACCGACAGCCUGCCUGGAGACUCCAACAGAGCUCUCUCUGAUUCUGGUGAGUAACUGUUACAGCCACCAGCCGGGACAUAUAACUAGGGCCAAGAGAUCCACGAGAAAACAUUGUUUUGAGAGCAACUACACGUAUCAUCUCUGGUGCUGUUGAAAUAGUACCCCAGAGUUGGUCCUGGGGGGAAUAUCAAUCAAUCAAUCAAUCAAAUGUUAUUUAUAAAGCCCUUUUUACAUCAGCAGAUGUCACAAAGUGCUAUACAGAAACCCCAAACAGCAAGCAAUGCAGAUGUAGAAGCACGGUGGCUAGGAAAAACUCCCUAGAAAGGCAGAAACCUAGGAAGAAACCCAGAGAGGAACCAGGCUCUGAGGGGUGGCCAGUCCCCUUCUGGCUGUGCCGGGUGGAGAUUAUAACAGUACAUGGCCAUUAAGGCCAGAUUUUUCUCCAAGAUGUUCAAACGUUCAUAGAUGACCAGCAUGGUCAAAUAAUAAUCACAGAGGUUGUAGAGGUUGCAACAGGUCAGUACAUCAGGAGUAAAUGUCACUUGGCUUUUCAUAGCCGGGCAUUUAGAGGUUGAAAUAGCAGGAGCGGUAGAGAGAGAGAGUUGAAAACAGCAGAUCUGGGACAAGGUAACGUGUCCGGUGAACAGGUCAUGGUUCCAUAGCCGCAGGCAGAAGAGUGGAAACUGGAGUAGCUGCACGACCAGGUGGACUGGGGACAGCAAGGAGUCAUCUGGCCAGGUAGUCCUCCCCCUACCUCCUACCUCUGCGGAAGCACAGUUCCCGCUCAGCCCAGUCAAAACUGUUCGCUGCUCUGGCACCCCAAUGGUGGAACAAGCUCCCUCACGAGGCCAGGACAGCGGAGUCACUGACCACCUUCCGGAGACACUUGAAACCCUACCUCUUUAAGGAAUACCUGGGAUAGUAUAAAAGUAAUCCUUCUAUCCCCCCCCCCCCCCCUACCCCACCCCCACAACCAAAAAAUAAUAAUAAUAAAUAAAAAAUAAUAAUAAUAAAAAAAAAAAAAAAAAUAAAAAAAAAAAAUAUAUAUAUAUAUAUAUAUAUAUAUAUAUAUAUAAACAAAUGAAAAUUAAAAACAUACUCUAAAAAAUUAAAAAUUUGAAUUAAAAACAUUCGAGAAAAAAAAAAAAACUAUUACAAAUAAAAUUACAAUUAAAAACAAAUAUUGUAAAGUGGUUGUCCCACUGGCUAUCAUAAGGUGAAUGCACCAAUUUGUAAGUCGCUCUGGAUAAGAGCGUCUGCUAAAUGACGUAAAAUGUAAAUGUAGUCCUGAGGCAUGGUCCUUUUUUUAUUUAUUUUUAUUUCACCUUUAUUUAACCAGGUAAACCAGUUGAGAACAAGUUCUCAUUUACAACUGCGACCUGGCCAAGAUAAAGCAAAGCAGUGCGAUAAAAACAACAACACAGAGUUACAUAUGGGGUAAAACAAAACAAAGUCAAAAAUACAACAGAAAUACAUAUAUAUACAGUGUGUGCAAAUGUAGCAAGUUAUGGAGGUAAGGCAAUAAAUAGGCUAUAGUGCAAAAUAAUUACAAUUAGUAUUAACACUGGAAUGAUAGAUGUGCAAGAGAUGAUGUGCAAAUAGAGAUACUGGGGUACAAAUGAGCAAAAUAAAUAACAAUAUAGGGAUGAGGUAGUUGGGCGGGCUAAUUUCAGAUGGGCUGUGUACAGGUGCAGUGAUCGGUAAGGUGCUUUGACAACUGAUGCUUAAAGUUAGUGAGGGAGAUCAGUGUCUCCAGCUUCAGAGAUUUUUGCAUUUCGUUCCAGUCAUUGGCAGCAGAGAACUGGAAGGAAUUGCGGCCAAAGGAGGUGUUGGCUUUGGGGAUGACCAGUGAGAUAUACCUGCUGGAGCGCAGACUACGGGUGGGUGUUGCUAUGGUGACCAAUGAGCUAAGAUAAGGCGGGGAUUUGCCUAGCAGUGAUUUAUAGAUGGCCUGGAGCCAGUGGGUUUGGCGACGAAUAUGUAGUGAGGACCAGCCAACAAGAGCGUACAGGUCACAGUGGUGGGUAUUAUAUGGGGCUUUGGAGACAAAACGGAUGGCACUGUGAUAGACUACAUCCAAUUUGCUGAGUAGAGUGUUGGAGGCUAUUUUGUAAAGUCAAGGAUCGGUAGGAUAGUCAGUUUUACGAGGGCAUGUUUGGCAGCAUGAGUGAAGGAGGCUUUGUUGCGAAAUAGGAAACCGAUUCUAGAUUUAACUUUGGAUUGGAGAUUCUUAAUGUGAGUCUGGAAGGAGAGUUUACAGUCUAACCAGACACCUAGAUAUUUGUAGUUGUCCACAUACUCUAGGUCAGACCCGUCGAGAGUAGUGAUUCUAGUCGGGUGGGCGGGUGCAAGCAGCGUUCGGUUGAAGAGCAUGCAUUUAGUUUUACUAGUGUUUAAGAGCAGUUGGAGGCUACUGAAGGAGUGUUGUAUGGCAUUGAAGCUCGUUUGGAGGUUUGUUAACACAGUGUCCAAUGAAGGGCCAGAUGUAUACAAAACGAAAACGGCUGCACAGUACUGUCUAGGGCUCAGGUCCUCUGGGAUGGGAGGGAGAGAGAGAAGUAGAGGGAGCAUACUUAAAUUCACACAGGACACCGGAUAAGACAGGAGAAUAACACCAGAUAUAACAUUUUACAUUUUUUUUUACAUUUUUUUGUCAUUUAGCAGACGCUCUUAUCCAGAGCGACUUACAGGAGCAAUUAGGGUUAAGUGCCUUGCUCAAGGGCACAUCGACAGAUUUUUCACCUAGUCGGCUCUGGGAUUAGAACCAGCGACCUUUCGGUUACUGGCACAACGCUCUUAACCACUAAGCUACCUGCCGCCUAUAACAGACUGACCCUAGCCUCCCGGCACAUACACUAUUGCAGUAUAGAUACUGGAGGCUGGGGGGGGGUCGGGAGACACUGUGGCCCCGUCCGAUGAUACCCCCAGACCAGGCAGGAUAUAACCCCACCCACUUUGCCAAAGGACAGCCCCCACACCACUAGAGGGAUAUCAACAGACCACCAACCUACUUACCUGAGACAAGGCUGAGUAUAGCCCACGAAGAUCUCCUCCACUGCAUGAGCCUGAGGGCGCGACAAACCGGACAGGAAGAUCACAUCAGUGACUCAACCCACUCAAGUGAUGCACCCCUCCUAGGGACGGCAUGGAAAGCACCAAUAAGCCAGUGACUCAGCCCCCGUAAUUGGGUCAGAGGCAGAGAAUCCCAAUGGAGAGACAGGAACCGGCCAGGCUGAGACAGCAAGGACUGUUUGUCGCUAAAGUGCCUUUCCGUUCACCUUCACACCCCUGGGCCAGACUACACUCAAUCAUAAGAUCUACUGAAGAGAUGAGUCUUCAGUAAAGAUUUAAAGGUCGAGAACGAGUCUGCGUCUCGCACAUGGAUAGGCAGACCAUUCCAUAUAAAUUGAGCUCUAUAGGAGAAAGCCCUGCCUCCAGCUGUUUGCUUAGAAAUUCUAGGGACAAUAAGGAGGCCUGCGUCUUGUGACCGUAGCGUACGUGUAGGUAUGUACGGCAGGACCAAAUCGGAGAGAUAGGUAGGAGCAAGCCCAUGUAAUGCUUUGUAGGUUAGCAGUAAAACCUUGAAAUCAGCCCUAGCCUUAACAGGAAGCCAGUGUAGAGAGGCUAGCAGUGGAAUAAUAUGAUCAAAUAUUUUGGUUCUAGUCAAGAUUCUAGCAGCCGUGUCUAGCACUAACUGAAGUUUAUUUAGUGCUUUAUCCGGGUAGCCGGAGAGUAGAGCAUUGCAGUAGUCUAAUCUAGAAGUGACAAAAGCAUGGAUUAGCUUUUCUGCAUCAUUUUUGGACAAAAGGUUUCAGAUUUUUGCAAUGUUACGAAGAUGGAAAAAAGCUGUCCUUGUGAUAGUAUUGAUAUGAUCCUCAAAAGAGAGAUCAGGGUCCAGAGUAACGCCGAGGUCCUUCACAGUUUUUUUUUUGAGACGACUGUACAACCAUCAAGAUUAAUUGUCAGAUCCAACAGAAGAUCUCUUUGUUUCUUGGGACAUAGAACUAGCAUCUCUGUUUUGUCAGAGUUUAAAAGUAAAAAGUUUGCCGCCAUCCACUUCCUUAUGUCUGAAACACAGGCUUCCAGGGUAGGCAAUUUUGGGGCUUCACCAUGUUUCAUCGAAAUGUAGAGCUGUGUGUCGUCCGCAUAGCAAUGAAAGUUAACAUUGUGUUUCCGAAUGGUAAAAUACAUAGUGAAAACAGUAGUGGUCCUAAAACGGAACCUUGAGGAACACUGAAACUUACAAUUGACAAACCAUCCACAGAGACGAACUGAUAUCUUUCCGACAGAUAAGAUCUAAACCAGGCAAGAACUUGUCCGUAUAGACCAAUUUAAGGUUUCCGAUCUCUCCAAAAGAAUGUGGUGAUCGAUGGUGUCAAAAGCAGCACUAAGGUCUAGGAGCACGAGGACAGAUGCAGAGCCUUGGUCUGACGCCAUUAAAAGGUAAUUUACCACCUUCACGAGUGCGGUCUCAGUGCUUUGAUGGGGUCUAAAACCAGACUGAAGCGUAUCGUAUACAUUUUUUGUCUUCAGGAAGGCAGUGAGUUGCUGCACAACAGCUUUUUCUAAACAUUUUGAGAGGAAUGGGAGAUUCGAUAUAGGCCGAUUCGAUCAGUUUUUUACAUUUUCUGGGUCAAGGUUAGGCUUUUUCAAGAGAGGCUUUAUUACUGCCACUUUUAGUGAGUUUGGUACACAUCCAGUGGAUAGGGAGCCAUUUAUUAUGUUCAACAUAGGAGGGCCAAGCACAGGAAGUAGCUCUUUCAGUAGUUUAGUUGGAAUAGGGUCCAGUAUGCAGCUUGAAGGUUUAGAGGCCAUGACUAUUUUCAGUAAUGUGUCAAGAGAUAUAGGAUUAAAAAACUUGAUUGAUCCUAGGUCCUGGCAGUUUUGUGCAGACUCAGGACAGCUGAGCUUUGGAGAAAUACGCAGAUUCAAAGAGGAGUCCGUAACUUGCUUUCUAAUGAUCAUGAUCUUUUCGUCGAAGAAGUUCAUGAAUUCAUCACUGCUGAAGUGAAAGGCAUUCAAGCUUGGGGAAUGCUGCUUUUUAGUUAGCUUUGCGACAGUAUCAAAUAUACAUUUUGGAUUGUUCUUAUUCUCCUCAAUUAGGUUGGAAAAAUAGGAUGAUCGAGCAGCAGUGAGGGCUCUUCGAUAUUGCUCUGUACUUUCUUUCCAAACUAGUAGGAAGACUUCCAGUUUGGUGGAGUGCCAUUUCCGUUCCAAUUGUCUGGAGGCUUGCUUCAGGGCUUGGGUAUUUUCUGUAUACCAGGGGGCUAGUUUCUUGUGACAGAUAUUUUUUGUUUUUAGGGGUGCGACUGCAUCUAGGGUAUUACGCAAGGUUAAAUUUAGAUCCUCAGUUAGGUCGUUAACUGAUUUCUGUACUCCGACGUCCUUGAGUAGGUGGAGGGAGUCUGGAAGGGCCUCUAGGAAUCUUUGGGUUGUCCAAGAAUUUAUAGCAUGGCUUUUGAUGGUCCUUGGUUGGGGUCUGAGCAGAUUAUUUGUUGCGAUUGCAAACGUAAUAAGAAGAUGGUGGUCCGAUAGUCCAGGGUUAUGAGGAAAAACAUUUAGAUCCACAAUAUUUCCAGGGUAUGACUGUGGCAAUGAGUAGGUCCGGAGACAUGUUGGACAAAACCUACUGAGUUGAUGAGUGGGUCUGUGGACUUUUCCAUGUGAAUAUAAAAGUCACCAAAAAUUAGAAUAUUAUCUGCCAUGACUACAAGGUCCGAUAGGAACUCGGUGAGGAACUCUGUAUACGGCCCAGGAGGCCUGUAAACAGUAGCUAUAAAAAGUGAUUGAGUAGGCUGCAUAGAUUUCAUGACUAGAAGCUCAAAAUAUGAAAAAGCAGUCAUUUUUGGGGGGUAAAUUGACAUUUGCUAUCGUAAAUGUUAGCAACACCUCUGCCUUUGCGGGAUGCGCGGGGUAUAUGGUCACUAGUGUAACCAGGAGGAGAGGCCUCAUUUAACACAGUAAAUUCAUCAGGUUUAAGCCAUGUUUCAGUCAGGCCAAUCACAUCAAGAUUAUGAUCAGUGAAUAGUUCAUUGACCAUAACUGCCUUGGAAGUGAGGGAUCUAACAUUAAGUAGCAUUAAGUAUUUUGAGAUGUGAGAUAUCACAAUCUCUUUCAAUAAUGACAGGAAUGUAGGAGGUCUUUAUUCCAGUGAGAUUGCUAAGGCAAACACCGCCAUGUUUAGUUUUGCUCAACCUAGAUUGAGGCACAGACACUGUCUCAAUGGGGAUAGCUGAGCUGACUAUACUGCCUGUGCUAGUGGCAGACUCCACUAAGCUGGCAGGCUGGCUAACAGCCUGCUGCCUGGCCUGCACCCUAUCUCAUUGUGGAGCUAGAGGAGUUAGAGCCCUGUCUAUGUUGAUAGAUAAGAUGAGAGCCCCCCUCCAGCUAGGAUGGAGUCCGUCACUCCUCAGCAGGCCAGGCUUGGUCCUGUUUGUGGGUGAGUCCCAGAAAGCGGGACAAUUAUCUACAAAUUCUAUCUUUUGGGAGGGGCAGAAACAGUUUUCAACCAGCAAUUGAGUUGUGAGACUCUGCUGUAGAGCUCAUCACUCGCCCUAACUGGGAGGGGGCCAGAGACAAUUACUCGAUGCCGACACAUCUUUCUAGCUAAUUUGCACGCUGAAGCUAUGUUGCUCUUGGUGACCUCUGACUGUUUCAUCCUAACAUCGUUGGUGCCGACGUGGAUAACAAUAUCCCUAUACUCUCUACACUCGCCAGUUUUUGCCUUAGCCAGCACCAUCUUCAGAUUAGCCUUUACGUCGGUAGCCCUGCCCCCUGGUAAACAGUGUAUGAUCGCUGGAUGAUUCUUUUUAAGUCUAAUAUUGUGGGUAAUGGAGUCGCCAAUGACUAGGGUUUUCAAUUUGUCCGAGCUAAUGGUGGGAGUCUUCGGUGGCUCAGACCCCGUAACGGGUGGAGGAGAGACCUGAGAAGGCUCGGCCUCUGACUCGUUGUUUAAUGGGGAGAACCGGUUGAAAGUUUCUGUCGGCUGAAUGAGCGACACCGGUUGAGCAUGCCAACAGCAUUUCUUUCCAGAAGCCUUGAGAAAAUUGUCCGGCUGCGGGGACCGUGCAAGGGGAUUUAUACGACUAUCUGUGCUUACUGGUGGCACAGACGCUGUUUCAUCCUUUCCUACACUUACAUUGCCCUUGCCUAACGAUUGCGUCUGAAGCUGUGCUUGCAGCACGGCUAUCCUCACCAUAAGGCGAUAGUUCUCCUGUAUAUUAUGAGUCCAUGACAGCAAUUAGAUGGCAUAGGGUUAAUGUUACUACUUAGCUUCGGUUGGUGGAGGUCCUAUAGAACCAUGUCCAGAUAAAGCGUCCGGGGUGAAAAAGUUGAAUGAAAAAAGUUGAGCGAGUAAAAAAUAUAAAAAUAACUAAAACGUUGGUAAAAUGUGUUAAAUGAAGAUAGAUUAAACUUUUUUUUUUUUUUUUUUUUUUUUAAAACUGUCAAGUUUGGCAGGUAGCCCCAGGAAUAGAGCCCCAGAGUUGGUCCUGGGGGGAAUAGAGCCCCAGAGUUAUAGUAACAGAUAUGAGGUUAUAGAGGUUAUAGUAACAGAUAUGAGGUUAUAGAGGUUAUAGUAACAGAUAUGAGGUUAUAGAGGUUAUAGUAACAUAUAUGAGGUUAUAGAGGUUAUAGUAACAUAUGAGGUUAUAGAGGUUAUAGUAACAGAUAUGAGGUUGUCUGUAGCUCAAUUGGUAGAGCAUGGCGCUUGUAACGACAGGGUAGUGGGUUCAAUCCCCGGGACCACCCAUACGUAAAAAUGUAUGCAUACAUGACCGUAAGUCACUUUGGAUAAAAGCGUCUGCUAAAUGGCAUAUAUAUUAUUUUUAUAGUAACAGAUGAGGUUAGUAACAGAUGAGGUUAUAGAGAUUAUAGUAACAGAUGAGGUUAGUAACAGAUGAGGUUAUAGAGGUUAUAGUAACAGAUGAGGUUAGUAACAGAUGAGGUUAUAGAGGUUAUAGUAACAGAUGGGGUUAGUAACAGAUGAGGUUAUAGAGGUUAUAGUAACAGAUGAGGUUAGUAACAGAUGAGGUUAUAGAGGUUAUAGUAACAGAUGAGGUUAGUAACAGAUGAGGUUAUAGAGGUUAUAGUAACAGAUGAGGUUAGUAACAGAUGAGGUUAUAGAGGUUAUAGUAACAGAUGAGGUUAGUAACAGAUGAGGUUAUAGAGGUUAUAGUAACAGAUGAGGUUACAUAGGUUAUAAUAACAGAUGAGGUUAGUAACAAAUGAGGUUAUAGUAAAAUAAGUAGUGUCCUCUUCUCUGUCCUCUUCCUCUUUUAGACUUAGUGUGUAUAAGUCUGUCAGCCUUUGUUUUGAGUUGCCUAAUUUUCCACAUAGUGUGUGUAACCCUGCACGCUGCUGACUGAGGUCUGACGCACCUUGGUUUGGUUUGGCGUCACAGUCUUCAUCUCUCCAUAUACGGUCUAAAGCCCAGUGGGGUGCGGCCCUAAUGGCACUCUAUUCCCUAUCUAGUGCACUACUGUUGACCAGGGCCCGAUACAGCUCUGGUCAAAACUAGUGCACUACAUAGGGAAUAGGGUGCGAAUGGGGACACAGUCAGUGACUCUCAGACAGUCUGUAAUUGUCUCACUUCCUGGGAAGUGUUUGAAGAGAUAAUUAUGGGACUUUGAUAAUGAGGAAAAUAAGGUAUUUUGCCGCUUCAUGCAUACAUGCAAUCUUUCCUUUAGAUUUCCCCCCUGGAAACCUACUCAUUUAGUCUGUGCUCCCAAUGCGACCCUAUCUAUGCAGCCUUACUAUCAACAACCACACAAUUAUCCGUCUCUCUGGGGAAGACUGUGGAGUUUCACAUUCUUUAUGCUCUACUCUUUAAUUCAAUCUUUUCUAAUGGUACAGCACGGCAGACAUUGUGACCAUCGUCUUGAACCUUAAAUUGUGCACCAACUCAUUCUAAACUUGUCACUACACCCUCCGAGGGAACAGAUGAAUAGAUGAAUGUGUGUGUGCUGACUGAUAUGACUAAGCCAUUAUGGGGAGGGCCACAGUGACAGGAUGGGUGCAGCUACUAUGACUAGCCUGCUGAGCCGAAUCCACCCAGUCAGAUGCUGUUGGGGAGUGGAUAAUGUACUAUAGAUUUAUGGGUGAGGGUAUGGUAAUGUAUGUACUGUAGAUUUAUGGGUGAGGGUAUGGUAAUGUAUGUACUGUAGAUUUAUGGGUGAGGGUAUAGUAAUGUAUGUACUGUAGAUUUAUGGGUGAGGGUAUGGUAAUGUAUGUACUGUUUAUGGGUGAGGGUAUGGUAAUGUAUGUACUGUUUAUGGGUGAGGGUAUGGUAAUGUAUGUACUGUUUAUGGGUGAGGGUAUGGGUUUAUGGGUACUAGCACUGAUUUUCAAAGGUUAUUUAGAAGGUUUUACUUCAAUGAUUGUGAUAUGUGGUUGUUUUACCUACCUUAAUUGAAUGCACUGAUUUGUAAGUCACUCUUAAUAAGAGUUUUCAGGUGAGGGGUAAGGUACUGUAGUUAUGUGGGUAAGAGGUAAUAUAGCAAUGUACUGUAUAGCUUUAUGGGCUAGAGAGGCACUGGGACACAAAGCUCCCAUUUAUAAGAAUCAGUACAGGCACCUGAGGCACUACUAGUUAAACAGUAACUACUAGCGACAGUUAAGUCACUCUCCUCACUCUGCUUAUUGCUGUCUCUGCACUCAAUCUAUAUCAGCCUGAACCCUUGGUGACCGACUGUACCUGUUCUGUACUAAUCCUGUUUAUGGUGUGUUCACUUAAACUGACUGAUGAACAUACUGUAAAUCGCUGAAGAUUUAGUAGUGUGAGACGUUAUUUCUAACAGGUUUUAUCUAUGCUGUGGCAAUUUGAUUUGUGUUUUUUUUUUUUUUUAUAUAUAUAUAAGUGUGGCAAGUUGUUUGAUCAGAGAAGUGUUGAUGCUGCUGGUAGUUCUCCAGUCAUGUGUUUGAGGAAAUUCAGGAUAUAAAAAAUUGAAAUGUGCUUCAAAUGUAAUAUCUUCCCGUCUCUAGCCUGUCUCAGUGUGAUAUUCAACAUGAAUACUGAUGUCUUGUAUCUCUCUCUGCAGGUUCCCAUGAUGCCCCUCGUCUGUCGUGCACCUCGUCAUUUCCCAGAAGCCCGAUGGCCUCAUCUCCAGGGUCUCCUCACCCUGACCCGUUCCUUAGCAACACCCUCUCCAAUCAGCUGCAGCCACCGCCCCUACCCGAAAAGAAAAUGGUGAAUCGCACCGUAUCCGCCCCUGACAACAUGGCCGGGAAACCCUUAGUCUGGGCCUACCCCCGCCUCCCCUUCACCGGUGGCUCAGAGAGCAACGUCCCGUCCCUAUCCAGUCUUCCAUCCUCCCCAGUGGAACCCCGGCCCCUCUAUUCCUCUUCUGAGUCCUUAGAGCGCUGUCACACCCCUCUGGGACACCCCCUGCGCUCCCGGACCCUGGACGAACCCCUGAAAGUUCGGGGCCGACUAGGGGGUCACAGCCGAGGCAGCAUCACCUCCUCGUCCUCCCCCCAGCUCAGCGCCCCCCGCGGCUCCGGCCUGCAGCUGAAGACCCUGCUCAGUAACAUGGACAGUAGAGAGGGGAUCUACUCCAAGCUGGGAGGCCUGUACGCUGAGUCGCUGCGCCGCCUGGCUCUGAAGUGUGAGGACCACUUCACCCGUAGCCAGAAGAACCCGCUGAGGUUUGAUGAGAGCAACUGGUCCCUGUUCAAACUGACCUGUAACAAGGCCAGCUGUAAUGCAGGAGACGCUGUCUACUACUCUGCUGCCUGCGCCUCAGACCCAUCCAACUCCUACGCAGUCAAGGUAACUGGAACACUGACUCCCUUUCAUCUCUAUAGCUUUUAUUUAUGUAACCAGCAAGUCCCAUUUAGGUUAGAAGACCGCUUUCCCAAGGGAGACCAGUCUCUCUGUUUUCUUGAGUUUCAAAGUAGCGUUGUUUUUUGGGCCAAGGCUGUCAUGUAGUGCUUUGAUGUCACAUCGUUUUAAUAUCAAGGACUCUUGUGGUUAAUGUUUACAUUGCAAUAAGUGUGGAGACUAAACAAAUGGGGCUGAGAAUACAUUUUGGGGAAAGAACCUGUGGAAUUAUAAACAAGCGUGUGGCCUGGAUGUGUGUGUGUGUGUGUCAAUGACAGACAUGUCUAGAGGCAUCUCCCCUAAUUACAGUGAGAAGAACGUAUUUGUAAUCUGCAGCUCAAAUUCAAAACUCCACUCUGAUUGGUCCAAACUCCCUUGUGAUUGGACAGUGUACAUUCUACUCAUCAAUCAAGGUCAUCUUCUUACCUCGUUAAACAGUCAAACCUGUACAAUGAAGUAAGCCAACCCCUUAACAAGCUCUUAGACUGCUCAGAAGACCAAAGGGAGCCUCAGCCGAGCCAGGUACCCUGCUGUACUGAGGAGAGAGGAGGUGUUACUGUAGCCUGCUGUACUGAGGAGAGAGGAGGUGUUACUGUACUGUAGCCUGCUGUACUGAGGAUAGAGGAGGGUGUUACUGUACUGUAGCCUGCUGUACUGAGGAGAGAGGAGGUGUUACUGUAGCCUGCUGUACUGAGGAGAGAGGAGGUGUUACUGUACUGUAGCCUGCUGUACUGAGGAUAGAGGAGGUGUUACUGUAGCCUGCUGUACUGAGGAGAGAGGAGGUGUUACUGUAGCCUGCUGUACUGAGGAGAGAGGAGGUGUUACUGUACUGUAGCCUGCUGUACUGAGGAGAGAGGAGGUGUUACUGUAGCCUGCUGUACUGAGGAGAGAGGAGGUGUUACUGUAGCCUGCUGUACUGAGGAGAGAGGAGGUGUUACUGUAGCCUGCUGUACUGGGGAGAGAGGAGGUGUUACUGUACUGUAGCCUGCUGUACUGAGGAGAGAGGAGGUGUUACUGUAGCCUGCUGUACUGAGGAGAGAGGAGGUGUUACUGUACUGUAGCCUGCUGUACUGAGGAGAGGAGGUGUUACUGUAGCCUGCUGUACUGAGGAGAGAGGAGGUGUUACUGUACUGUACCCUGCUGUACUGAGGAUAGAGGAGGUGUUACUGUAGCCUGCUGUACUGAGGAGAGAGGAGGUGUUACUGUAGCCUGCUGUACUGAGGAGAGAGGAGGGUGUGCUUACUGACGUAGCUGCUGUACUGAGGAGAGAGGAGGUGUUACUGUAGCCUGCUGUACUGAGGAGAGAGGAGGUGUUACUGUAGCCUGCUGUACUGAGGAGAGAGGAUGGUAGAGGUGUUAACUGUACCUGCCUGUACUGGGGAGAGAGGAGGUGUUACUGUAGCCUGCUGUACUGAGGAGAGAGGAGGGCUCUGCAUUCAUUCUGACUGACCUUUGUCCCAAAGUCAUUAGCAAUGUGUAAAAGCAACGUGUAAAUCCAGAGCUGUGUGUCAAGGGGGCUCGCUGCCUGAGGCUCUGUAGUCUUGCCUAAUGCCUCUAGGUCCAUUAAUCUUUUCAUGCCAGCCAGGAUUUACAGUUCAAACACACCCCUGUUGUCAAGGCCCACACACACACACACACACACACACACACACACACACACACACACACACACACACACACACACACACACACACACACACACACACACACAUUAUUUCUCUCACACAAACAUACUACCCACACACAAACACACACAGCAGCAGCUGUGUGAUGUGAAUGCGUAAUGAAAUCAUCCAGCCCUCAUAUGAAUCAUCAAUCUGUAGAGUUACAAUUAAAUCACUAUGUCCCAAGUGGAACCAUAUUCAUUUUAUAGUGCACUACUUUUGACCAGGGCCUAUAGGACUCUGGUCAAAAGCAGUGCACUAUAUAGGGGAAAGGGUGCCAUUUGGGACGUUGCCUAUGUCAUAUCAGAGCUCAGCUGUGUUUGUAAAGUGGGAGAGAUAGACAAGUUGCAUCCCAAAUACCACCCUAUUCCCAAUAUAGUGCCCUACUUUUGACUAGGGCCUAUAUGACUGGUCAAAAAUGCACUUUACAGGGAAUAAGGUGCCAUUAGGGACAUACCCACAGUGUUUGGCUUUACUCAUAUCAAACAUGAUGAAACUCAUUGAUGGCUGCUUGUAGUUAGACUGGUAGACUUAUUGGAAUUACUGUCUGUCUGCUACUACUUGAUUGAAAACAAGAUCUAAAUGAAUGACGGAUUUAAAGCUUGUUGACAGCAAGAGGGGAUAAUAUUCCUCACAAAGUCUCUACUUAAAGCUACUUAACCAGGGGAAAUGUCUUGGAUGGGGAGGUGUAUUAAACCCUGUUUCAAUGUAAUUGAAUCAUUUCCUCAUUCCUGGCUGUGACUAACCAGUCUCUCCCAUUCUUCUCUCUGAAGCACAAUUAUUAAGAAAACUAAUAUUCACUUUCCCGCACAUUGUGGUCUAACCCUUCCCCCUCCACUCUCCAGAUAUCUAAGAGCCAGGCAGACAUUUUCUUCCACAUUAUGCCUUUGUUUCUAUUCUAACCACGGUGUCUCUCCUCUUCUCUCGCCAGAUCUGUAAGAGCCAGACCUCUGAGGCCAAGCAGGGUCAUCUCUACAGCCUGUCCGUCCAGAAGACCCUCCCUCCCCACUUCAACCUCCAGCAGGACUGUGGCCACUUCAUAGCCUGCGUGCCCCAGAGCAUGCUCCCCGCUGACGAGGCCUCGCUGCCCCCCAGUCCCAACCCCACGCAGGGGGACAAGGAGCGCGUGGUGGUUAUCACCCGGGAGGUGCCACAGCAGACUACGGCAGACUUCGUCAAGGAGUGGGCGUCCUUUCACCAGGUAUGAUUGUGCCCGUUUAAACAUCUCAUUUCAUUGCAUCUUAUCUUGAGGAAGGCCACUAUGCCGGAACGUUGACUGAAUGGUGCGAUGUUCACCAUAGUGGACAUGGAAUGAAAGACGCAAUAUUACUUGACUUUUGCCUGCCUGUGUCUCAUUUGUAUUUGUUUUUCCAACAGGCCGAGCCGGAGGUGUAUGAGCGGUGGGUCUGCUUCCUCCUGCUGCAGCUCUGCAACGGUCUGGACCAUCUAAAGGAGCACGGGGUGACACAUCGAGACCUCUGUCUGGAGAACCUCCUUCUGAUCCCUCACCGCCGACCCCCGCAGGCCAACCCCAACGCCCCCCACGACCAGAAGCACCUCCCCCGCCUGGUCAUCUCCAGCUUCGCCAAGGCCAAGCAGCGGAACACAGAGGACUCCGCCCACAAUGACCCCCGCCUCAAACGCGACCAUGCCCGCUUGGCCCCGGAGAUCGUCUCGGCCGCCCAGUACCGGAAAUUCGACGAGUUCCAAACCGGUAUUCUAAUCUAUGAGCUCCUCCACCAGCCCAACCCGUUUGAGGUCAGCCCGAAACUGAAAGAACAGGACUACAGCUGUGAGGACCUGCCCCCCAUCCCUCCCGUCUCUCUCUACUCCGCUGGACUCCAGAGACUGACCCGGCUACUCCUCCAGCCGGACCCCAUUAAACGCAUCCACAUCCAGGAGGCCAAGCGGGUGCUGCAGAGCCUGCUGUGGGGCCCCCGAAGAGACCUGAUGGAGCAACAGCAGUGGGGGGACAGGCUGGGCCCCGGGGAAGGGACCUGCCACGAGGGCCUCCUCAACUGGUUGGACGUGAAGAGAGCCCUACUGAUGAUGAAGUUUGCAGAGAGGUCUCUGGAGCCGGAGAGGAACGCUGAGUUAGAGGACUGGCUGUGUUGUCAGUACUUCAGCGCCGCUCACCCUCUGUCUCUGUGUCAUACUGCUGAACUGCUCUACUCGGACUGACACGCUGACCGGACAGACCGUCUGAAUCCCAAAUCAACGCCUAACUCCUACCCCCUAGGUACUCCUGGAGAUCUGAAAGGAUUGGAUGGGUUUGGGAUUGGGGCAACUGCGUUAGUGUGUAGAGACCAUGAACUGCUAUGGGUUUCCCCCUGUAUCUGUCUCGGAGGAUACACAGUGAUACAAUGUGAACCUGCCUGUCUGCUCUCCACCCAAAUGCAUGAAAGUAACAAGGCAUCACUCACUUUCCUGUCCAUUCAGCUUCCACUUCUACUGUAUGUCUCUAGCCUAGAGACUGCUGUUGUUUACUUUACUGUAAAGACACAAACCCGCUGGUAAGGAACCGUCCCAAAGCACAAGCAGGCCAGCGAUGGGCAGAACAGACCGGGAUAGUCUCUCUUGCCAGAAUCGGAGCACUCUCUGUUCCACCCCAGACACAGCAGCUGUGAGAAGAAACGAAGCAGGGAAUGGAGGAUUGAAGUGAUGCGGAGAGACCUAAACUCACUUACCAUUAGUAUUGAUGAACAAGUCAGUAUACACACCUGCCAAGACAUUUCAAGUGUUACUGUUUUGUGUUGUCCUUAUCAAUAUGACUUCUUGCCCUUUCAAACAAGAGCUCUCGUCCUCAUUUCAUCCAUGUCCAGGAACUCUUGACAGAAAUGUUUGAUUGUGCAUGUGCAGCUAGCUAACUUUAAUUUGCUUUCACACAUUGGUUUUAUGUCACACACAGGCAUUGACACUGGCGUGUAUUGAAUUGCGCAUACACAUUCAAACUAGUGUGUUGAAAUUGAGUCAACUGGUUCCAGAAGGAUGCCUCGUCUACUGCUCAGUUUAGAGUGUUUGGUGUUGUAUUUCUCCUUGUUAAUCCACAAGGAGGACAUGUAUUGGUUAGAAAGGUGGCCAUCUUGAAACCAAAGCUGUUUUGAUUGGCCUAGAUGGGAUGGGAACCAUGGAAAUAGUCUGACAUGAACCAAUCUAAAACGUGUACUGCCUAAUGCCACAUAAUACUGUAUGUAUCUCAUUAGUUAAGCGAUACUAAGACAGCCAGUACCACCACUGCUAUGGUCCCACUUACCCCAAUACUUACCUUAGAGAUUCUCCGGUACUUUUGUAUACUUUUCAGCCACUAGUUCUGAAAGUAGCGCUCACGAGCCAAAAGUGGUCCCUGAAAAUUGCUUACUACGUCACAUAUGUGCAAAUAAAGUAUUUGCACCACGUCAUUGC